AUGAGCGGGCGUAUUUUUAUCACUGAUUGGGAUGAGACAGCCACGAUGGCUGAUACCACGGCUCUCAUUGCCCUGGCCGCAAGCCGCCGAGACCGGGACGCCGUGCCUCCUUUUACUCACUUUUCUCAGAUUUACCUCGAUGCGUAUCUGGCGUAUAUUGCCCAAGAGGCUAGCGGGUGCGGCCGGCGGGACUCCGUGAUUGCCGAGGAGAAAUUCCAACAAGGCAUGCGGGCGGUCGAAUACACCUCGAUCCGUGCCCUUGAAGAAACGGGGUAUUUUAAGGGCUUCCCGAUCGGGAAGCUUCGUGAUUUAGUGCCGAAAGUUGAGCUCCGCCCCGGGUUUGUAGAUUUCGUGAAAAGCGCCGGGUGUCCGGUCUAUGUAUUGAGCGUGAACUGGUGCCGUAGGCUUAUUGAAUGGGUGUUGGAGUUCCACGGUGUCCGGCAUGUGACCGUGUUGGCGAAUGAUUUUGAGGUGGAUGCCGAGGAUAUCACCACGGGCAAAUUCGACCGGCGGUGCGAUAUUCGUACUGGAUAUGACAAAGCAAUGGAGCUUGCACGCAUACGCUCGUUGCACCCAGCCCUGAAUCUUUUCUAUUUUGGUGACAGUUCAGGAGACGUGUUGCCGAUCCUCAAGGCCGACUACGGCGGGGUUAUUACAGGGGGACGAGCAAGGACAGUGCUCGGCCUGCUUGCGGAAGUCUACAUGUUGGAAAGUGAUUUCAGGUCGCCAGAUUCUGUUGGAUUAUAUUCACAAGUACCGAAAGUAUUUGAGGCGACGUGGCACGAAUUGGCCGCAGCGUGGCACCGGUGA